AUGGUCUAUCGUAUAGUGGGGGUCGAGCAUAGUUGCAAAAUCAGCCUUGCGGAGAUGGACGCCGCCACGUCUAAGCUAUUCGCCCUAACGGAGAUUGUGACGAAGCUAAAAAAGAACAACACACCGCCCCAUUACUGGAGUACUGAGAUCGAAAGUCUAUUGAAUCGAUUGAAAUGCCAGUCUUUUGAGGAGCUCUUACAGUUGACUUGA